AUGUAUACAUUUACCUUAUCUGGUAGAGAGUCUGUGUUACCAGCUAAAAUCUAUCCACCUAUAGUACUCGACAAUAGUAAAACGUACCCUUUAGGACUUAUUGAUUUUUUAACUUUCAGCACAAUACCCAACAUAGAUAUAACAAAUAAUAAGUUUCAUAUUGAUGAUGAGGUUGUAACAGUACCUGAAGGUAGUUAUGAAAUUAAAGACAUUAUAGAAUUUAUUAAAGAGAGAAUCAAACCACGAGUAGGUGAACAAAAUAAAAAAAGGAGGAUGUCCCCACCACAACAACAACAACAACAACCACAACAAAAACGAUCUCUAAGUUCAAAUGCAAUUGUCAAAGAUGAUAAACAGCCUGACAUACAACUCCAUAUGCGAAAUAAUUUAAAUACGUUACGAGAAUCGGUGGCAAAGCAUGCAAUGGGACAAACGCUAUCAGAUCAGCAACAACAACAACAACAACAACAACAAUACGAAAAAGUGGAGCUGUAUUGCGACGAAGAACUGCCCAAGUCUUAAAUACCAACAACAACAACGACAAAGGACGAGAAAGGAUGUCUGAGCGGCGAGAGAGCGGAUGGAUUUCUGGCAAAUCUUUUUAUUCGAGCAAAGGACCCCAAAGAAAGACAAGUUGGACAUACGUUGUAGCACACGUCAUCGAGGUGACCAGAUGUGGUGUAUGUGGAAACAUUAUACGUGAACGACCAACGACCGCCGUAAAUGGCUGGAAACCACAUAAUGUAUUUGUCAGAUUUUGUCCUGUAUGCUUUCAAGCGAGACCCGACAUCCAAGAAAAAAGAACAUAUUGGGUAAAACAUGAAACAAUAAAUACGUUUUCAAAAAGAUA